AUAAUUCUCAUCAGUCAUCAUCAUCAUCAAGAUCAAUCUGAAUCAUGUGUUACGGUCACCCUCACCGACGAUCAUUACCACCGGACCAUUUCACUCCUUCACGAACUCAUCGGACUUUAAAUGACAACGCUUUGGCAGUGGAGGAGUUGCAUGGUCGGCUGGCCGAGACGGAGGCGCGGCUGGAGCGAGCCAGAGCUCGAGAAGCCGAGCUCAGCCGCCGCCUUGAGGAAAUGAAACGAUUCGUUUUGGUAAUGGAGAUUCUUGAGACUUACCUUAAACGACGGUUUCGCGAGCAGCAAGAACAACUGUCACAGCUCUUCUCUUCGCUUCCGAAGUUGACAUUGCUUUUCACUCUAUGUGGUGGUGACAGAAAGCCUGGGAAACUAUGGCAUUGCGAUGUAAUUUCAGCUUUCCCAUCUGUCUUGGCAGAUAAUGAAAGAAGUAUUUUACUGAUGACCCUGGUGUCUAGGCUGUUGAUUAAACCUUUGUGUUAUAUAACCAUACAAGUCAUUGCAGUUACAUGUAACUUGGGAGUGUCCUUGUUUGGUUGAAGAUGGGCUGUUUCUUUUAAACAGUGGCAUUUUUUAGGUAGUGGGUGAUCAAAACUAGCAUGAAUUUGUAUUCUCCUUAAAUAAGAGUGAAAUGGUAUUUAGAUUCAUAAUAAACUGUGUGACAUUUAUUAGUGCUAAAGGGCCUCAUUUGGAAA